AUGGUCGACCCGGCUACCAUCUCGCCGGCACGCUGCGCCGGUGGCCCAGCCCGCGUGCUGGUCAUCGACAGCCACGACUCCAACACCCAGAACCUGGUGGACAUCCUCCGAGGCGCCCUACCGGCGGGGUCGGCGGUGGUGGUGGUGCCGGCAGACGCCACGACGGCCACGGCGGCCGAGGUGCUGGCGUGCCUCGGCGUCGGGCAGUGCCCCUGCCAGCAGCCGGCCACCAGCGGCCGGUGCAUUGAUGCGAUCUUCCUGUCCAAUGGGUCGGGCCAUGGCGGCGGCCUGUCCCCCGGGGGCCUGGUGUCGCUGGUGACGCGGGCCGCCAUGCCGCGGGCUGACUGGCCCCCGGGGCCGGACCCGGUGGGGGCGGCCCUGGCGCGUCUGGUCCCCGAGGAGGCCCUCGGCCCCGGGGCCGGGCGGCUCCUCGACCAGCCGGUCUUCGGCAUCGGCCUGGCCUUCCACCAUCUUGCUCACCAGUAUGGGCUGCCGUUGCGGAAUGACGCGCCGCCGAUGCACGGUCUCACGGCCGAGGUGGCCUUCGGCCCGGGGCGCCUGGACCCCGGCGACCCGGGAGCCGGGGUCUUCCUGCCGGCCGGCCGGCGAGGCUCGGCGGACUUUGUCAAUCCGCCUCCCUGGGCCGAUGGCCCGGGUGGCGGCUUUGGUGGCAAUGUCACCGGGCCGGAUGCCGCCCCCUCCCCGGUCACGGUCAUGACCUACCAGUCGUACUUCGUGGAUGUCCCGGCCGCCGGGCACCCUCUCCGCGCGGUGGGUGUUUACCGGGCCCCUCUGGACCGGGUGGCCGCGGUCAAGCACCAUGCGGUCCCCCUCUUCGGCGUGCAGUUCCAGCCUGACUCGGUUGGCACAACCGGCGGCGCCGACAUGAUCCUCAACUUUCUGAGGCUGUACCUGCCCGCGCGGCAGCGUGAGCGCACGUCGCUGGCCUUCUGUCGACUGGACGCGCUGGUCGCAGCCCCGGCCCCGGCCCCGGCCCCGGCUUCAUCCCCGCUGGACCUGCAGUGCCGGUGGCUGCGCCUGCGCCCGGGCGUCGACAGCCCGGCCUGCCUGACCAGCGAGCUGGUGUUCGACCUGCUGUACGCCGAUGCGCCGUCAGCCGUGUGGCUGGAUUCGAACAUGUUCCAGCCCCCGGCCCUCGGGCGCUUUUCCUUCAUGGCGUCCGCCACGUCGGCCCUACAUGCAGGUCCCCUGAGCCACCGGGUGUCCUUCCGCCUGGCGGAUGGCCAUGUGGCGGUGACCGGCCUCCGGGGCCCGCUGGUGGAGGAGCGUCUGCUGUGCCCUUCGCAACUGCGCCAGGCCCGGGCCACCGGCGCCCAGGGUGCCGAUCGGCUGCUGGCCCUGCCGGCCGGGUGGGACUUGUACGCCUGGCUCGGGGCCCACCUGGACCGGGUGCGGGUGUCCUCCUUCCUGGAGCAUGGCCAGCCGGCUGGCCAAGCGUCCCGCACCGCGGCCAGCCCGCUGCCCUUCAACUUUGUCGGUGGCCUACUUGGGUACCUGGGCUACGAGCUGGGCAACUCGGUGGUCGGGCUGCCGGCGGCGGCGGGCCCGGACCCGGGGACCGGGCACUGUCUCCCGGUGUCGCCGGCCCUGCCGGACGGGGACCUGGUCUUCGUCGACCGGUUCCUGGCCUUCGACCAUGUGGAUCGCAGCAUCUACAUUGUGGAGCUGGUGCCCGAGGUGUGUGGGCCCGCCGAGCCGGCUGGCCGGGCCUGCUGGCUGGACAUGGUGGCCGGCAUGCUUGGCGGCGGCGGCGGCGGCGGCGGCGGCGGCGAUGGUGGAAGCCCGCGGGUGGCGGGCGACUUCGAGGCGCAGGCCGGCCGGCGGCUUGGGACGGCUGCCCUGGCGGCGGAUCGCCUGCUCGCGCGCGACCUCGCCGGGCUGAUGGCGCAGGUGCCGGCCGACGCGCGGACCCUGGCGCUGCCGGUGGCCGGGGCCGAGCCGCGGCCGGCGGCCGUCCUGGAGCUGGCCCGAUCCCGGGCCGAGUACCUGGCCGAUGUGCGCUUCAUCCAGGACCUCAUCGCCACCGGGGAGGUGUACCAGAUUUGCGCGACCACGCAGCUGGGCCUGACCGGGGCCCGGCUGCUGGGGCCCGGGCCGGACGGCCGGGAUCGCCUGGCCGCGGCGUAUCGGCAACUGCGUGCCGUCUCCGGCUCGACGUACGGGUCGCUGUUGCGCCUGGAUCCCGGGGUUGCGGUGCUGUCCUUCUCGCCGGAGCGCUUCCUGCAAGUGGACCCGGCCGGGCAGGUGGUAUGCCGGCCGAUCAAGGGGACGGCCCCGCGCGGACGCACCCCGGCCGAAGACCGGGCCCUGGCCACCGGGCUCCUGGCGUCGGUGAAGGAUCGCGCGGAGAAUGUCAUCAUCGCGGACCUGGUGCGCGGGGACCUGGCUCCGAUCAGCCGGCCCGGGUCGGUUCGGAUGUUGGGCAGCCGGCCCGGGCCGCCGCCCGUGGCCUCGCCAUGCGCCCCCGUGGCGGCGGCGGCGGCGGCGGCGGCGGCGGCGGCGGCGGCGGAUGUGGCCCCGGGCGAGGGGAGCUGGCUGCGUGUGGACCAGACGGCGCACGUGCACCAGCUUCUGUCGGUCAUCGGCGCGCAAGUGGCCUCGGGCCGGGCGCUGGACGCGGUGCGGAGCUGCUCGCCGCCCGGGUCCAUGACCGGGGCCCCCAAGCGCCGGGCAGUGGAGUACCUGUCGGGCCGAGUGCCGGGGGCGGCGCGGCCGCUGGAGGGCCGCCAGCCGCGGGGCAUCUACUCCGGGGCCAUCGGGUACCUGGGCCUGCGGACAGCCGAGCCGGGGGCCGUGGAGCCGGUGGACCUGUCGGUGGUCAUCCGGUCGGCGGUGGUGAUGGCCGCCGAGGGCGGUCCCUCGGAGACCCGGGCUGCCGGCGCCCCGGGCCCGGCCGAUCGCCUGUGGCUCGGGGCCGGCGGCGCCGUGACGGCCCUCUCCUCGCCGGAGGACGAAUUCCACGAGGCCAUGCUGAAGGCGGCUUCCGUGCUGGCCGGGAUCCUGGCCCUCCAGCCGCGGGAGGUGUUCUUCCCGGUGCCCUAG